AGGGGGCGGUGUGGCCUGCGGGAGGACCGGGCGUUGCGGGCCGCGGGCUGGGGGCCGGUUCAGGUGCUCGGGUGCCCCUGACGCGGCGGCGGGAUGCCGGGGCUGGUGGUGUUCGGCAGGCGCUGGGCCAUCGGCAGCGACGACUUCGUCCUCCCGGGGGCCUUCGAGCUCUUCGUCAGGCUGCUGUGGUGGAUUGGAAUUCUUGCUCUUUAUGCGGUUCACAAGGGGCGGUUUAACUGUCCUGGGGGAGGAUUGCUGCACAGCUACUUGCUUGUCCUCCUCGCUCUCCUGGCUGCUAUAAUAUGUGCGUUAUCUGCUCUUGUAUACAUCAGUAUGCAAGGAACAAUUUCUAAUCCAGGUCCAAGAAAAUCACUUCCCAAGCUACUUUAUGCUCGCCUACUUCUCUAUUUUCCUGAAUUCAUCUGGGCUGUUGUAGGAGCUGUAUGGGUGUCAGACAGCAGUGUGCAGUGUGAGAAGACUGUGAUAAAUGUCAUCAUGGGGACAGUUAUUGCAAGCUGGGUUAUCAUCAUCUUUACAAUCAUUGGAGUUGUAAUCGUCUUUGAUCCGCUUGGGGGGAAAAAGACAUUUUACCUCACCAAUAGUGUCAGUCGGAACCUGGAGAGCAGUCAGUCAGGGCAGUUGCUGUACAAUGUGAAGAACACUGCCACCAGGGUCUGGGAAAAAAGAAUCAGGUUACUGUGCUGCUGCAUUGUGCAAGAUGAUGACCAUCGAGUGGCUUUUACAAGUAUCGCAGAGCUUUUCCGCACCUACUUUUCGGACACUGAUCUGGUGCCAAGUGACAUAGCAGCUGGUUUGACUCUGCUCCACCAAGAGCAGGAUAAAAUGGAAAGUUGCCCAAAAGAGCCUGAAGAAGUCCUGUGUCAUUCUCCAUCAUCUCUUGUGACAGAUGAUUUGGAUGCUGAACUGGAGAAUGCUGCUCACUAUAUGCUGUUUGCCGCGGCUGCUUAUGGCUGGCCCUAUUACGUAUACACCAACCCAUUUACUGCACUCUGUAAGCUCAAUGGUGACUGUUGCAGAAAUAGAACAACAGAUUCUGAUAUAACCGGCAGUGAUCAUCAUAACUUUCACUUUGGAUCCAUCCUAAGAAUAACAGGACUGCAGUACAGAGACUUCAUUCAUAUCAGUUUUCAUAACAAGAUCUAUGAGAUUCCAUUUUUUGUUGCUUUGGAUCACAAAAAAGAAGCUAUUGUGGUUGCAGUGAGAGGAACCUUGUCUUUUGAGGACAUUCUCACUGAUCUGUCAGCAGAUUGUGAAGACUUGACACUGGAGGAUGUUCUAGAGAAUGGCUUUGUGCAUAAGGGAAUAACUCAAGCUGCAAACUACAUCUACCAAAAGCUAAUAAAUGAUGGAAUUUUAAACCAGGCUUUCACAAUUGCUCCGGAAUAUAAACUUGUGAUAGUUGGUCACAGUUUGGGUGGUGGAACGGCUUCUAUACUGGCGAUCAUGCUCAGGAACUCUUUCCCAACAUUAAGGUGUUAUGCCUUUUCUCCCCCAGGAGGACUGUUAAGCAAAUCACUUGCAGAUUACACAAAGCGCUUCAUUGUUUCAGUCAUUGUUGGAAAGGAUCUUGUGGCAAGGUUAAGUAUGCCCAACAUGGAGGAUUUAAAGAGGCGGAUAGUGAGAAUUGUGGCAAACUGCAACAGACCCAAGUACCAGAUCUUGCUUCAUGGGUGUUGGUAUGAAGUCUUUGGAGGAGACCCGGAUAACUUCCCAACUGAACUGGAUGGUAGAAACCAAGAUGCCCUCACCCAGCCACUUCUAGCUGAGGAGAGCUUAAUGGUUCAUCGGUCACCUUCAUACAACACCCUUGAGGAUGAACCGCACCUCAGUUCGCCACCACAGUAUCCUCGUCUCUAUCUUCCUGGCAAGAUUAUCCAUAUUGUAGAAGAAUCCAGCUCUAGGAGGUGGUGCUCUUCAGAGACUAAAUACACAGCAAGAUGGUCAAAUGAAGCAGUCUUCAGCAGCAUUUUAAUAAGUCCCAAGAUGAUAACAGACCACAUGCCAGAUGUUGUGCUCAAAGCACUGAAUAGUCUGUCUCAGGAACACAGAUCAUGUAUUUCUUGUCAGGCACGAGAAUGUAACACCAAUGUGGUGUAACCAUAGUUCACCAAGGUGAGGGGGUUUUCACUGCAGGUUUCAGGUAUUCAGGGACCAUUCCACUUUCAUACCCGUGUGGAUUUCAGAACUUUUUUCUCACAUUGCAUAAAAUAAACAAGGGUCUUCAUGCCCUUGGCUGUGCAGCAACCUUGCAUGGCAGGAGGCUGAUUUAAAGCAGUCUGCACUUGUGCUGAAGGUUGAGCUUUUACAAACCGUGAUGGUCUGACACGUCCCAGCUGAGCCUAUGGAUGCUGGAGCACGAGAGCCAAGGUGCCAGUUGAGUACUCAACCAGAGCAAGCGUGUGUGUGCGGACAGCUGAGCCUGUGGGUGAGCGCAGAGCUCUGCCAGACCUUAAAAAUGGUAAAAAAAAUCCAGUUCUGCUUCAGUCACAUCCUGCUGCUGCCUGAGACCAGCCUGUGCGGAGCCUGGAGGUGCAGUAUGGCAGGAGCUCAGUGACAGCAGUCCCACGGGGCACGAGCAGCUGCCCCAGCACAGCGGCUGGCGGGGGUAAGUGGGCAGGUCUGGGGCAGGUCAGGGUGCACAGACUGUGGUGAAACAGGCAGCCCCGCUGGGUGGUUCUCAUUGAUUGCACUAUUUUCCUUACUGAUUGUGGUAGCACCCAGGGGCAGGGGGUGGCAUGGUUAAAUGCUGCUUGGACAUACAUGUGCAAUAUUCUUUUAUCUGUUGUUUGUAUUUGUUGAGCCACAUAACUACUUUUAUUGAUUUUUUAAACUAACCCCUAUUAGGACUACUUAAUGAGAAGAUUUAAAAAACUCAACCCUUUAUUCAUCUUAGCUAGUGGCAUCAUCUUAAGCACUAGCUCUGACUGCUGAAAGCUCUGAUCCCAAUUCUGCCAAAAAUACAUAACCAGUUAUACUGAUUUUUAGUGGAUUCCUUGUUUCUAAGCGUGCAACCAUUUUAGCCCUUUUUUUAAGGCUCAGCAGUAGUUCUUACUUAAAAGAAAAAAAUUAAUAUGAUGUGUUUGAGAAAACUGCGUGGCUGUUCUUGCUGUGAUACUUGAUAUGGAGACAAAUAAAAUGCACUCUAAAAACUUGUCUUAUUACAUUGAGGUAUGCUGGUGUGAGAUGAAAGUUACCAGGUUAGAGCUGUCCAGAGAGCCUAGAGGCUGUGCAGCAAGGUAAGGCACCACCACCAGUGAAGGCCAAGCACAUGAUUCCUCCUCAAGCAGGGUACUGCAGUCACCCCCAGUGCCCCUGGAGUGAGCAGGAGCACAGCAGGCUGUCUGCCCUGACAUGCAACAGCAUAGCUGUAACUUUAAAAGGCUAAAAUGCAAGGCUUUUAAACACAAACAGAGCCAUCAUUCUACCAGCUGUUAAAAGCAAGUCCCAGUUUUAGAGGAAAAGCACUCUUUGUACACAAUAUGGUGAAAUGGGUGUUUUUUUCCGCUGGGUGGCAGCAGCUUUAAAACACUGCACAAGCAGAUGCAGGCGUUAACUACCACCUCGACGGAUAAUGCAUGGCCUCCAAAGAAAUGGUGCCCACUGCUGUAUUUAAUUCUGGUUCUUCACAUCAGGGCACCCCUCACACCACCAGUGUGGCGCACUGCACCAGCCUGCUGGUGCCAGAACAGAACAACUCUGAAACAGAGUGGUGCAAGAACGAGAACACUUGCUGAGAAACUCAAAUAUUACCACACAUAUGAUUCAAGGAUUUAUUAAGUCAUACAUGCAAAACAUACUGCUAAUUGCAUUAGCAAAAGAUCAAUGUAAAAACUUCACAAUUUCGCAACUUUUACUUGUAAAUUUUGCUUUAGUGGUUGAAAGGGUGUAGUUCAACAUCAUAUUCCUGCCUGCUUAGAAUGUACAGAACAUGAGCACUAGUUUACAGAACCUCACAGACCCAGGUUACCAUUACUCAGCCUAUGCUGCACACGUACAUGUAGUGACAUAAAGAACACUUGUCUGCAUUAGUAACAUUACAGUAGUGGGGAGAGCUUGCAAAGAGGGAUAGGUGAGAAAGUUCGUAGUUUAUAGAGGUUUAAAAUACAAAAAUUACUAAAAUGUGUAAAGCUGCUUCACAUGAUUUUUACACCUAGUUAAUAGAGUAAAAGCUCCUCAGAAAGCAUAUGACUUACUGAGUCAGAGAUAACAGGAAAAUAAGGAGGAUAUGCUUCAACAUUCUACUCUACAAAGAAAAAAGAAA